AUGGAUAAUGAAAAAAAUGGUAAUACUUCUCUGCUGAAUGGUUCUCUCGUAAGGCCUGGUGGUGAAAAACAAACAAGAAACCAUGAUGACCUUUUGAAUCGUCGUCUAAAGAACCGAGAAAGACAGCGUCGAUAUAGGGCACGGAAACGUCACGAAACUGAUUUAAAGAAGGCAUUAACCAGUAAUCAAUCAACUCCAGUACAGUAUCAGAAGGUGUCUACAGAAAACCAAUCUACUCCGCUGCAAGUAAAGGUUUCCCAAAAUGUAACUUCCCCAGAUUCUGUGACCCCUGUUCAUUGCCAACGAGACUGGAAGCGAGAUGCUAGAAGAGCCCAUGCAAAUACAGAACAAGAAAUCAAAUAUCGCACCCCAAGUAAUUCUGGAACACUAACACUGUGUGGCGGUCCCUCCUUGCAAUCAGGUCUAAAAGUAGUUUCACAGAUGAAUAGUGGAAUUCAAUCCAGUGAUCCUAUCCCAGAGGAUAAUACAACACAGAGAUCAGUGCCAAGCCGCAGACACUGGAAAGCAGAGGCCAGAAACAAGAAAAUCUAA